CUCUUAUGCGUUGUGUAUUAUGCGUUAUGUAGAAGUCUGUGCUCUGGCCCAUAUCGUAUAACAUCGUCUAGCCUAAAUAGUCAUCAACUUUAACGAUUAAUUAUUCGUUUCGCGGGAUAGAGCAACUUUUCUUUUCUAGAUUCUUUCGUUUCAUGUAAAAACGCACCGAUUGAGCAUAAAUUUAUCAAUAUUAGAAGUACGACUUCCAAUAAGGAGAUGCAUUUCAUCAGCAGCCGCAUGUACAGUUCCAAAGUGAAAUUAAACGAUGUUGUUAUAAUCAGUGCUGUACGUACUCCCAUAGGAUCAUUUCUAGGAUCUUUGUCAAAAGUCUCAGCGACAAAACUUGGUGCAAUAGCUGUACAAGCAGCUGUUGAAAGAUCCAGUAUCGCUAAAGAACAAGUGAAAGAAGUAUAUAUGGGCAAUGUCUGUCAAGGUUUUUUAGGUCAAGCACCUGCAAGACAGGCUGCGUUAUUCGCAGGAUUAAUUUGUACACUAUUAGGUCUUCCAAAGUCAACAAUAUGCACUACAGUAAAUAAAGUAUGCGCAAGUGGCAUGAAAAGUAUCAUGCUGGCUUCUCAGUCUCUACAAUGCGGUCAUCAAGAGAUUGUUCUAGCUGGUGGUAUGGAAUCUAUGUCCAAUGUGCCAUAUUAUUUAGCUCGUGGUGCAACAUCAUAUGGUGGAUUAAAACUUGAGGAUGGUAUCGUAUUCGAUGGACUGACGGAUGUUUACAACAAAUGCCAUAUGGGUAAUUGCGCUGAAAAUACGGCUAAAAAAUUAAAUAUCUCUCGUCGGCAGCAGGAUGAAUACGCCAUCAGUAGUUACAAACGUAGCGCAGCGGCUUAUGAAAGUAAUACAUUUAAAGAUGAAUUGGUACCUGUGAGUGUACCUCAGAAGAAGGGUAAACCGGAUGUAAUGUUCGACAAAGAUGAGGAAUACAAAAGGGUCAACUUUGAAAAAUUUUCAACACUGAGCACUGUUUUCCAGAAAGACAACGGCACAGUUACCGCUGGAAACGCAUCCACAUUAAACGACGGAGCUGCUGCAUUAGUCAUGACAAGCAGCGAAGUAGCCGAAAAAUUGAAUCUUAAACCCUUGGCCAGAGUCGUCGCUUUCCACGACGCAGCAACGGAUCCGAUAGAUUUUCCCAUCGCACCAGCUCUCGCAGUACCAUCGUUGCUCGAAAAUGCUGGAGUUAAUAAGAAUGACGUAGCGCUUUGGGAGAUUAACGAAGCAUUCAGUGUAGUAGCUGUAGCAAAUCAAAAAUUACUCGACAUUGAUCCUGCCAAGGUAAACGUUCACGGCGGAGCUGUUUCGUUGGGACACCCCAUAGGUAUGUCAGGUGCACGUAUCGUAGUGCAUUUGGUGCACGCUCUUAAAGCUGGGGAAAAAGGUGUCGCUUCGAUUUGUAACGGUGGUGGCGGUGCGUCAUCAAUUUUGAUUGAAAAACUGAUCAAUUCGAUUUUACCUCUGCUAAAAUUAACGUUGUAUACAAAACAAUCGUGUCCACUAUGUGAUGGUCUAAAAAAGGAGUUGCGCUUACGUUUCACCGGUCGGUACAAAUUGGAAGAAGUCGACAUUAGCGCAGAAGGAAACGAGCGGUAUUACAAUCAGUACAGGAACGACAUACCAGUUCUUUUUGCGGAUGGUCAGUAUCUGUGCAAACAUCGAUUAGAUGCCGAUUUGUUGGAAAGCAGACUGGAGAGAUUUGUGUCAGAGAAAAAUGUAGGAAGCUGAAUUCGUAUCGAUAUGAACUCGAUAUUACAUUAGUUAGUAAUGUCGAGAUGUAAAUCGCAUGAUGACUUUCGUGUU